UAGUAUGAAUGGACAGUUACUUCCUGAUUUCUAGCGACUGAUUCCGUGGUAAAUCUGAAUGUGUAAUACAUUUACCGAAAGGAAUAGAAUAACCACAACCUUACAUUUUAGAUGUGAAUGCGCUUAUGCUACUUGUAUUAAACCAAUUCAUAUAUUUUCAACUUUAGUGUGUUAAUGAUAAACGGAGUUUUUAUGUUUUCUAGUCCGCCAGACAAUGCAAUUUGUUGUUGUGUUGUUAGUUGGGGGGAUCAGAUUAUACUUCCUGUUUGUCUGCUAACGUCUGGCCUCUUUAAAUAAGUAUGUGUAUAUUAACCUCCCCCUAUUACCUCGUCCGGAAUUGUUUUGCAAGCGUCGUGCCACCCAAAUGCCUGCGAUUUAACAAGUGGACAACAACAGAACAUCUGAAAUUUAUCGGCCCGCAUGAAUUUUACUACCGAGAAAGUUUUGCAAGUUUUUGAAAUGUACAGUUCAUCCUCAUUGUUAAACGUGGUCCUUAAUAACUCGGGUUCCAAACAGGAUGUAAACAAGAAUGUAAAAUAAGUGUUAGGUUUUGGUUUAUAGCAUCAUGAAGAUCACAGAGUAAUGGCACUAUAUAUACGUAACAGCGCAUAUAAUUUGUUUACGAAAAAAUAAGCCCAUUUUGUGCCUCUCUCAUGCGCCUUUUUGUGGAAAUUACAUAUUACAUAUAGGUUAUUUAGUGACGAAAACGGCCAGGGCCAGAAAAACGGUCAUGCUGAUUCUCCUGUCACUUCAGGAUAUGGAGAAUGCCGUCUUCAUCAUGCAAUCCCACCAAGAUGUGUAUUAAAUAUAUCUGGAUGCUUAUUGCCCUUUUUAUAAAUGAAACAAUGCGAUUUAUUUUUUGCCAAGCUAUGAUUUACCAAAUCCGGGCAAAUAAGCCCUAGCCGAAGAUGUGAUUUGUGGUUUACUUACCCUCAGCUCCGGCUUUCAGGGACUUUUGAAGCACCUCUCGCCAUCAGCCCUGACUGCGUUUUUGCCCAAUUUCUCCAGCUUAUUUAUUAUAGAAUAUAACCAAGUACCGGUGGUACAUAUAACCAACCUUCCCUUGAUUUCUUUCGCCCCAUCCGAUCCAAGUUAGUUAGCUACAUCUCAUCCCACGGCCUAUAUCUCAUAUUAUAAUGAGUGAGCUCAUCAUACAUGCAUUUGUAUAUGCUCAAAUCAUCACACUUUGGAGGAUGCUGGAUAAUUGUACAAGGCAAGAAGGCCUGUUUUUGUUCAACAUUCCACAUGCAGACUGGGCUCCGUUUCGCUAAGCCCCAUCCUCUGUUGCGCUCCUCAGUAGCCCACCCAUGGGAAAAAAUUCCUUACGAGAGAAACCUGAUGAGAUGCUGAAUCACAUAAUAUGCUGUGUUGAAAUAAAAAAGAGAACCAAGGGGAAGCCAAAUAGCCCUUCAUCGUCCAUCCACAUCAGAACGAGACUUGAGUCCACACGAAUAUAUAGCAUUAGACCAUAACCUGUAAUUUUACGUCACACCAUCGCCCUCCGAGGUCACUGAGGAGGGAUGAUGGUUGACAAGUAGUAUGUAAGUUCACCGGCAGGGAAAGGCGUAUUUUGAAGCAAAAAGCAUAGAACAAAGUAAAAAAAACUCCUUCUUCCAUGCACACGCGCGCCACCACCAACCCUCAGUGUUGGUUCAUACGCGGCAGAGGAAGGCAGCUCACGUUUUCGCUCUCUCCAUCCAAAAUGGCUUCCAGUAAAGAAGAAAAUUCGGAAAUUAUAGGAAAUUCACAAAAACGAAAAAUUGGAGAGGAAGAUUCUCCAGAGAAAAAGAAACCAAAAAAUGAAAAAAUUGGCCUAAGAUCACUGUCGCAGACAGUGCAUCAAAAUUCCGAAAAUAUUUCUAAGCUCGUUGAGUUUUUUGAAAACAUGAUUGGCCAGUCGCAGGCGCAGCCUCGACAAAAUAAUACCUGCCACGUAGUGGAUGUUGGUAAUGAGGAUGAUCCAAUAACAGAUCUUUUUACCUCAAUUGUUGAUAAAUCGCCAAAUGGUGAGUACAAAAUGAAAUGAAUUUCAUUAUUUAAAAAUUGGGAAUAUUCUAAACAUUGAAAAAAUUAUGAUUUAAAUCAUAAUAGAUGAAUCUGCUGAUCAAAAUAUUGAGAUUGAAAAUCCAAUUGUUGAAGAAAUAUUGAAUUCAAAUCAGUCGGAGGAUGAAUAUGGCCCUCCUUUAGGAUUGAAAGUAGCAGCAGCAUUCAAACGAUUAAUUGCUCAGCCAGCUUCAAAAGAACACAUUGAUCAAAACAAGAUCAAAUUAAAGAUCCCAGAAAACAUUAAAGAAAUGAGGGCACCCAAAGUCAAUUGUGAAAUUUGGACUCAACUUCCUAAAAAAGCUCAAGUUAUUGAUGCAUCACAACAAUUUGUUCAACAAUUUGUUUCAAGAGGUUUAGUAACCCAGUCACAUCUUGCUGAAAUUUUAGCAAAAAAUUCAGAUAAGAUUCCCAAUGAUUUAUUGAAAAGUUUACUUUCUUGUUCAAUGGAAGCCGCAACAGAAUUUGAUAUGGCUUUUAGAGAAAUUAGCCUCAGGCGACGACAACAAAUUAAACCCUUUUUGUCAAUCGAAAGUGCUGGAAUUUGUGGAUCUUCAGUUCCGGUCACCGAAAACUUAUUCGGAAAUAAUUUAGAAAAAGAUUUGAUUGCUGUCCGAACAUCGGCCAAAAUUGUGAAGAAUUUGACCCCCAUCUAUCGUGGAGGUGCUCGUGGAACUUAUGCAAGAGGUUCAUGUAAUCGAGGGUGGUUAUCUAAUGCUGGUACUAGCCAUAAUUUAAACUUCCGGGCGCCUCUCCUCUCGAGGGGAGGCAGACGACCAUUCAACCGAGGAAGAUACAACAAUUACCGCCCGCAGAAUUAAAUGUGAGUAAAUUAUCAGGUAGAUUAAGAUUAUAUUAUGAUAAAUGGGCGAAUUUGACUGACGACCCUGUUAUUCUUGAAAUUGUUCGGGGUUACAAACUACCUUUUAAGAAUUUACCAGAGCCACAAAUUAAUUGUAAGGUUCAAGAAUUUAAUCCGGAAGAAAGGCUAAUUAUUAUCGAUGAAUUGGACCGCCUAAUGAAAAGGGGGGCAAUAUCUCUAUCUUAAGAGGAAAGUGAUCAAUUUGUAUCUCCAAUCUUUACUGUCCCUAAACCUGAUGGAAAAAGACGAUUCAUCUUGAAUCUUAAGAAACUGAAUAGCUAUUUACACUGUCCACAUUUUAAAAUGGAAGAUUACCGAAGCGUAUUGAAUAUUAUGAGAUUAAACAUGUUUAUGGCCACAAUAGAUUUACAGGAUGCGUAUUUCCACGUUCCUGUUCAUGACAGUUGUAAAAAAUAUUUAAAAUUCCGUUUCAAUGGUAUACUUUAUCACUUUAAUUGUAUUCCAUUUGGUUGUUGUACUUGCCCAUUAUUAUUCACAAAACUCUUGAAACCAGUUUUCGAGAAACUUAGAACAUUAGGCUAUCAAUCCGUGAGAUAUUUGGACGAUUUUUUGUUAUUUGGUCAAACAUUUGAAUUAUGCAGCGAGAAUGUUCAGGCCACCCAAAAUUUACUCAAAAGUUUGGGGUUUACCGUAAAUUAUCAAAAAUCGGAAUUACUUCCAAGUAAAGUAAUUAAAUAUUUAGGAUUUAUUUUUAAUUCCUUAGAAAUGACCAUUCAAUUAACUCCGAACAAGCGUUCUUUAAUUUUUGAAUUUGCACAAAAAUGUUUGUUAUCUAAAUCUCUAAUUAUAAGAGAGGCAGCUAAAUUGCAAGGAUAUUUAAUUUCAGCGUGUCCUGCAGUACAAUAUGGAUUAUUGUAUACUCGGAAAUUAGCUUCCGAUAUUCAAUUCUCUUUAGAAUCAAAUAAUGAUAAUUAUCAAAAUCGUAUGACUUUGUCUCAAGAAGCAGUUUCGGAUAUUCACUGGUGGCAAUCAGUAAUACAUAAAGCUGAGGUUUCCAUAAAAGAGGACAGUUUUAAAAAAGUGAUUCACACUGAUGCGUCACCUUUUGGGUGGGGCUGUUUUUGUGACAAUGACGUUUCUCACGGCACUUGGUCAAAAUCUGAAGAGUUAUUACAUAUUAAUGCGUUGGAACUGUUAGCAAUUGAGCGAGCACUGACUAUAUUUGCAAACGAUGAAGGAAAUUGUAAUAUUUUGUUAAAAGUUGACAGUCAAGUUGCAAUCUCGUAUAUAAACUGUUAUGGUGGUUGCCGCUCGGAAUUGUUGCAUGCAAUUGCUAAAAGAAUCUGGCUAUUUUGCGAGAAGAAAGAUAUUUUUAUUAAAGCUACAUAUUUAGAAAGUAAGAAAAAUGUAGAAGCUGAUUUUGCUUCUCGUAUUGAAGUAGUUAAUUCGGAUUGGAUGCUAAAAAGUGUCAUUUUAUCGCAAUUUGUAAUUCAUUUGGCGAGCCAGCUUUAGAUUUAUUUGCGUCAAAGAACACAAAUCAGUGUUCGAGAUUUUAUUCGUAUUCUCCUGAUCGGAACUCGGAAGGGGUUGAUGCAUUUACGUUUAAAUGGUCAGAAUCCUUGUUAUAUGCGUUUCCCCCAUUUUGUCUAAUUUCACGUGUCCUGAAAAAGAUUUGCAAUGAUAAAUGUAGAUGCAUUGUGGUGGUGCCACUUUGGAAAAGUCAGGUUUGGUAUCCAGAAUUUGAGAGGCUGCGUCAGUCAAAUUCGCUUAUAUUUGGACCUGAAAAAGAUUUGCUAACUUCACCUUUUUCGAAUAGGCACCACCCUCUUCACUCCAGCCUCAAAUUAGUAGCAGCAAUAUUGCAAGACGUUCAUUCAUAAACAGUGGCCUUAGUUCAGAUGUUUGCGAACUUUUACUUUCAUCCUGUGCGUCAUCCAGUUGGAAACAAUACGAAUCGUACUUGAAACGAUGGGAAAAUUUUUGUAAUAAUUAUGGUUCAGACAUAUUCCAUUCUAAUUUACAAUCGAUUCUGAAAUUUUUGACCGCUUUGUAUAAGGAAGGCGUAGGCUAUAGCGGUAUUAACACAGCAAGAUCAGCUCUGUCUUUAAUUAUAGCCCCCAUUGACGGUGUUGACGUUGGUAAACACCCUCUUGUAAUUCGAUUACUAAAAGCUGUUAGCAAAUUACGGCCACCGAAACCUAGAUAUGAUAAUGUGUGGGAUGUAAAUUUAGUUUUGGAUAUGUUCACUUCAUGGCCGUUAAAUUCAGAGCUGCCUAUAUUUAGGUUAACCAUAAAAUUGGUAGCGUUACUCGCAUUGGUCACGGGACAAAGGGUACAAACCCUGUCGUUAAUUAAUAUAAAUAAUAUCAUAAGGUCAAGUAAUGUUCAGAUUCUUAUUCCUGAAAUUAUUAAAACUUCUGGGGUUGCGAAGAAGCAACCGUGCUUGUUAUUGGUCCCUUAUAAAGUUAAUGAUAAGUUAUGUGUUGUUAAAUGCUUAGAUGAAUACUUAAAUCGUACUGCUAGUUAUCGUAAUUCUGAUGAAUUAUUAAUUAGUGUAGUUUUACCAUAUAAGCCUGUUACAAGCCAGACUAUUAGUAGAUGGCUAAAAGAAUGUUUGUCAUUAGCUGGUAUUGAUGUUUCUAUUUUUAAGGCUCACAGUUUCCGUCACGCUAGCACAAGUAAGGCGGUAGCAAAGGGGGUCAGCUUAGAUGUCGUUUUUUCUAGAGCUGGUUGGUCUGAUAAAUCUAAAACAUUUGCAAAGUUCUACAAUAAGCCAUUAGAUUUACGAGGUGAAUUUUCGAAUGCUGUAUUAUCAUAAU